UCCAGUUAGCCGUCACCGCCGCCACCAGGAGCAAUGGGGAUCUGGGUGUCGCAUCUGUACUCCGUGCAGCCCGAGAAGCUGGAUGAACUGAUCGAGAACUCCCUGAGGCCCUAUGGAGAGUGUCAGAAGCAGAUCGAUGACACGGUGAACACCAUCUGUAACGUCCUGCAGGAAACGGAGCAGAUCUCCCAAAUGAUAAGUGUUGGCGGCUCCUAUGGCAGGAAAACCAUGUUGAGGGGCAACUCCGAUGGGACGAUUGUCAUCUUUGUCAGUGACCUUGAAAAGUUCCAGGAUCAGAAAAAAAAACAAGAUAAAAUCCUCAACAAGAUCUGGCAGUGUCUGAAAGACUGUCAGCUCACAAUGAAGCUGCCGGCCAAAAUGGAGGUCCAGAGGUUCCAGAGUGGGCUCACCCUCCAGCUGUCCACAAGAUGGCAGAGCAUCACUUUUGAGGUACUGCCUGCCUACAACCCUCUGGGCCUAAGCGAGAAGCCCAGCUCCCAGACCUACCGAGAGCUCAGAAGAGCCUUGGACAUGACAAAAGCCCACCCCGGCGAGUUCUCCGUCUGCUUCACAGAACUCCAGCGGAGGUUUUUUCACAACCAUCCCAGAAAACUGAAGGAUUUGAUCCUCUUGGUAAAGCACUGGUACCAACAGUGCCAGGAAAAGCUGAAAGAUCUAUCCCAUCAGCCCGUGUAUGCUCUGGAGCUGCUUACAGUCUAUGCCUGGGAACAAGGGUGCAGAGCAGAAAACUUUGACAUGGCAGAAGGCAUCAGAACUGUCCUGGGGCUAAUCAGACAGCAGGAGCAGCUGUGUGUCUAUUGGGUAGUCAACUACAACUUUGAGAACGAGACAGUCCGGAACAUUCUGCUGAGCCAGCUCCGGUCAUCGAGGCCAGUAAUCUUGGAUCCAGCUGACCCAACCAAUAAUGUGAGCAAAGAUAGGGCGUGUUGGCAACUGCUAAAGCAAGAAGCUCAGAGCUGGUUGUCUUCUCUCAGCCAGAAUGAGUCACCUGGACCAUCGUGGAACGUUCUGCCAGCACCGCUGUUCACCACCCCGGGCCAUCUUCUAGACAAGUUUAUCAAGGACUUUCUCCAGCCCGACAAACAUUUCCUAGACCAGAUCGCGGUAGCUGUUGACAUCAUCUGUAAAUUCCUUCAAAAAAAUUGCUUUCGCCAUUCAGCGACAAAGGUUCAAAAGACUGUGAAGGGAGGGUCGACGGGCAAAGGCACAGCUCUGAAGACUGGGUCCGAUGCUGACCUCAUCGUGUUCCCAGACUCGCUUAAAAGCUACGCCUCCCAAAAAACCGAGAGAUGCUUUAUCAUCAAGGAAAUCCAUAAACAGCUAGAAGCCUGUCAGCAGGAGAAAGAGUUGGCAGUGAAGUUUGAGAUUUCAAAAUGGAAGGCUCCCAGGGUGCUGAGCUUCUCUCUGAAAUCCAAAGUGCUCAACGAAAGUGUGAACUUUGAUGUGCUGCCUGCAUUUAAUGCGCUAGGUCAACUGAAUUCUGGCUCCACACCCAGCCCCAAGGUCUACGCUGAGCUCAUCAAUCUGUACAAAUCCUCAGACGCCGAGGGGGGAGAAUUUUCCACCUGUUUCACAGAACUGCAGUGUAACUUCGUUGUCUCCCGGCCCACCAAACUGAAGGAUUUAAUUCGUCUGGUGAAACACUGGUAUAAACAGUGUGAAAGGAAACUGAAGCGAAAGGGGUCUCUGCCCCCAAAGUACGCCUUGGAGCUGCUCACCAUCUAUUCCUGGGAGCAGGGGAGUGGAGCAGAGAAUUUCGACACCGCGGAAGGUUUCCAUACGGUCCUGGAGUUGAUCACAAAAUAUCAGCAGCUUUGUGUCUUCUGGACGGUCAAUUACAACUUUGAGGAUGAGACUGUGAGGAACUUCCUACUGACCCAGAUCCAGAGAACCAGGCCCGUGAUCUUGGACCCAGCUGACCCCACCGGUGACGUGGGUGGAGGGGACAAAUGGUGUUGGCAUCUCCUAGCGAAAGAAGCUACUGAAUGGUUGUCCUCUUUCUGCUUCAAAGAUGGGACUGGAUGUCCUGUACGAUCGUGGAAAGUGCCAACAGUGCAGACACCGUGCAGCUGUGGUAUGGGGGUGCAUCUUAUUGUCAAUGAGAUGUUCCCAUUCAGAAGUCGUAGGACCCUGAACGCUAACGCUAGAAGAGACUUCUAGAAGUCAUCUGGCAGCUGCUUUUUUUUUUUUUUAAGAUUUUAUUUAUUAUUUGACAGAGAGAGAAUGAGAGAGAAAG